AUAAAAUGUAUAACUUAUCUCUUUUUUCAAAUUUGUGCAUGCUAAUUAAUUUCAUUUCAAUUUUUCUAACUCUUCAAUUUUAUGUAUAAAAUGUUAUACAUAAUGAGGAUAUUUUGGAUUAUAAGUUUUUUAACUCUUACGUCCGUCUUCCAAUUUCUCGUAGUAAAUGCAAUGACCCAAAAGUUUACGACACCUAUACAAUAUUGUGGUUCUAAAUUAGCGGAUAUAGCUCGAUUAGUUUGCAGAGGACAUUACACAAACAAAAGGAGCCAAAUUGGCUUAGAAACAUGGGAGUUUAAAGAACCUGAAGACUACAGUGAAUUUCCUCUGCGGUCAAAGAGAGAUGCAAUGUCAUUUAUUCCAUUUUCACGGUCUCUACGAAAGGUCAAAGAAGAAAAUAUUGUAGGAGAAUGCUGUGCCAAGCCUUGUUAUAUUAGUGAAAUAAAAAGCUACUGUGCAGAUCCAAAUUAGAAAAAUAUUUUAUACCGUAUUGAUACUUAUAUGUAAUAAAUUAUUUUCUGAUAUGAUUUUAAAAUUCAGGUAAUUUCUUAAAAUAAUUAAAAUAUAAUCUGUACUAUAUCCAAAUAAAUAAAUGAACUAUUGACGUUAAAAUGUC